AUGGCUUAUGCUACACGUGACGCACUUUGGGUGCUGGUGGCAGUGAAAAUUCUGCCACCUGUUACCCAGGGAACUCCUGCGGCUGCAGCAGAGCGGGAGAGGUGUAACUUAACGAGGGACAAGGACAACUACGCCCACGCAAACCCGACCGCUCUAGUCUUGGAUUUGGCAAGGCAGGCGCUGCAGCUCAGUGGUGGGAAGGACAGCUGCUAUAAUAUGAUGCAGUGUGUUGCUGCUGGGCACCAGAUUGUUGCUCUAGCCAAUUUAAGACCUGCUGAAAGCACAGGGCAGAGUGAUGAGUUGGACAGUUAUAUGUAUCAGACAGUAGGACACCAAGCCAUUGACCUGUAUGCUGAUGCAAUGGAUUUGCCACUCUAUCGUUGCUUCAUUAAAGGCACCAGUGUUAAUACUGGACGAGUGUACACCACGUGUGAGGGAGAUGAGGUCGAAGACCUUUACCGCCUUUUGAAACUUGUUAAGGAUGAGGAAGGAGUGGAGGGUGUCUCUGUGGGAGCCAUUCUUUCUGAUUACCAGCGAAUUCGAGUGGAAGAUGUAUGCAGAAGGCUUAAUCUUCAGCCGUUAGCUUAUCUUUGGCGCCGGAACCAGGAAAUUUUACUUAAAGAAAUGAUAUCAUCCAACAUUCAAGCCAUAAUCAUAAAAGUGGCAGCUUUUGGUUUAGAUCCAGAUAAGCAUCUAGGAAAAACAUUGGAUCAAAUGGAGCCCCUCCUUUUGGAGCUUUCAGAGAAAUAUGGAGUCCAUGUUUGCGGAGAAGGUGGAGAAUAUGAAACAUUCACUCUGGACUGCCCUCUGUUUAAGAAGAAAAUAGUUGUGGAUUCAUCAGAAGUGGUUUUACAUUCAGCUGAUGCGUUUGCACCUGUGGCUUACCUUCAUUUUUUAAAAUUACACUUGGAGAAUAAGGAGGGAGCUUCAGACCCGCUGAUGAUCAGUAGCUGUUCCUGUGAGCUAAACUGCAAUGAUGUCAAUAUUUUACCUUUGUCAGAAGAGGAUGAACCACAGAAAAUCCUUCCCGUUGUCUGGAAGUCUAGCAUAAAACAUAAUUCUCUGAAUUUCACUAAGACAUUUGGAAGUUCAGGAAAAUCCCCUUGUGGUUACCAAUGGUUUUCAGGUUUCACUGCCCAUUUUCUUCCAUCAGAAGGCAAAAGUGUUCAAGAUGCAGCAAAGGAAACAUUUUCUUCUCUCCAAGCUAAUGUGACUUCAGAGGGAUUUAAAUUGAAAGAUAUUAUUUUGGUACAUCUAUAUAUGAAGAGCAUGAAUGAUUUCACUGCUAUAAAUUCAGCUUAUGUGGCAGAAUUUGAUUUGUGUCCACCAGCAAGAGUAUGUGUAGAGACGCUGUUACCCGAUGGAGUGUGA